AUGGUCAAUGUUGAAUUCGAAUGGUUCAAUUUCAAGCCAGAGGUCGACUUCCAUGGUCUCAAAAGUCUUCUAAGACAGUUGCUUGAUGUCGAUUCUCAGCUGUUCGAUCUUUCUGCUCUCGCCGACCUCAUCCUGUCACAGCCUACGGUCGGAUCAACUGUUAAGGUUGAUGGAGAUGAGACUGAUGCAUAUGCAUUUCUUACGAUUCUCAAUCUUCACGAGCAUCGAGAGAAGAAGGUAAUAAAAGACCUUAUUGAGUACCUUGUUGAGAAGUCUAAGUCGAGCCCAUCCUUGGCACCACUCGGUAGUCUUCUCACAUCUUCCUGUCAAGUCGGUCUCGUUCUUGGUGAACGCUUGAUAAACGUCCCUGCGGAGAUUGCGCCGCCGAUGUACACUAUGCUCAUCGACGAGAUCGAAGCAGCUGUUGAGGACAGAGAGCCAUACGAGUUUACCCACUACCUGAUUCUAUCCAAGACUUAUAACGAGAUUUCCUCGAGCUUAGAUCAGGAGGAUGCACCACGGACGAAGAAGAACAAAGCAGUCAAGGCUAGCCGAGAGGUGUUCUACUUCCACCCCGAGGACGAGGUACUUCAAAAGCAUGCUUUGGUAUCGGGCUCGUUUGAGUACACCAAGGAUGAGGGUGAGGGCAUGGCGGAUAGCAAGCGGGCGUUCUCUGAAAUGGGUAUCAAGCCACAAGGAUCGAUAAUUGUGAUUGAGGCAAGCAAGUUUGAGGGAGCUUCAAAAGCGAUCGGCGAGUAUCUCAAUGGUGGUCAAUAA